AAUUUUUUCUUCGACAUAGACAGCAUGGUAGACUACCCAAUACCAGGUUACCCAGUGGUAAACUAUACUGCCACGGAUGGUAUUAUGGAAUUGCUUCGAUACCAGCAGAAUUACCCAGCUCUUGGAACUGGCCAACAGGUCUUAGCUACGCAAGCAAGAAACUUAUUGGGGACCAUUCCUCAAGUCUUUGUGGAGUACCAAACGAAAUACCAAUUCAACUUAUUUGGGGACUAUCCUUUCAAGAAAGAUAUUGUACCCAGUGCAGUUUUCGUGGGGGUUUACGGAAUCCUCUUAAUUUUACAUUUGUUGAUAUUCAUUUUGAACAUGUCCAGAGGUCACUAUUUCUGGAUCACAUUAACCUAUAUCUUCUACUGUGCUUGCAAGAUUGUGGGGUUCGCUUGCAGAAUUGUUUGGCAGAGAGAUUUAAGUAUUACGGCCAUUGGUUUAACCAGCGAAGUGCUUUUGAUUAUUCCUACUAUUAUCUUGGUUUCUUUUAACUUGAUCCUUGCUCAGAGAAUCUUCACCUGGAGACAUCCAGUUGGUGGUUCCAGAAAACUCUUCUGGGGUAUUAUGUUUGGAUUUUACGGAUUUGUGCUUGGAAUUGUUGCCAUGACUAUUAUGGCCAGUUUCGUGCCUUAUCUUCACAUGCUUUCGCAGGCUAACUACGAAAAAUACAUCAAGGUCCAGCAAGCAGCUGCAAUUUUAGUGGUGUUAUAUCCCUUUACGGCUGUAUCAUUGAUUGGUUUGUCGUACUUUUUUAAGCCAACCAGAAAGGACGAAAAUUUAUACACCUAUCAACCUUAUUGGAUUGAAUCAUUCCAUCCGUUUUACUUUGUCAAGAAGAAUGCUUCAAAAGAAGCGGAAGAGACUUUCAUGAAGAGAAAUCAUAACCAUAGACAUGCGGUGAGAGUCAUUGCCGCCACCCAUCAUCAUUAUAACAUGGUGCAGGGUUUAACCAAUGAGAGAGGUGAUUUGACCCAUAAUAUGUCGUUAAUUAUUGUGUCUAUCUCUACUUUUGUGUUAUUCGUGGGUUCCUUAUGUCGGUGUAUUGUUGUGUUCCAAGCUAACUAUCAGAAGGAUAGUUCAGCUAUCUGUUCUCCCAUUGCCAUGUAUAUUAUUUGGGGAGCAGCUGAAGCAUUGGUAGUUCUUAUGUAUGCUGUUGGAAGAGUUGACUUGAGAUUCUACAGACCUGACAGAUUACCCAAGAAGGUCAGAGCCAUAAUAACAGCCGAACAAUCCAUUGAACAGAGUGAAGAAGAAUUGAGUGAUGAGGAGUUCGAUGAUGACGUGAGAACCAGUGACUUGAGUGAAUUAUCGUUCAAUAACUACAAAUUACCCAGUUACGAAGACCAGUUCAGGAGAGAACAUGAGAAGGAAGAUAACCAGUCUGAGUUCCACUUUUAAUAUCCCAUUAUACCUACGCUACCAAAGAAACAAAAUAAAUCUUUAUGUAAUACUAAUACAAGAUGCGCCUAUUCAAUGGCCAUAUAUA